AGAAGAAGAAGGGAAAGAGAGCGGAAGUUUUUGUCAAUAAGUUGUUAAUAUAAAUGGUGUUUGUCGAAGAAUGGAAGAAGGUAGCUAAACAGCUUGAAUCGGCUUUUUAGUAUUUGUUAUUAAGCGUGUACAAGCAUGCGAUUAGUAAUUUAGUGUGCCAACCACACUUGUGUCCAUAAAAUGCACUGUUCUUUCUAGAUUAAAGACGUACGAUUGACGGAUUUAUUUUGGCUUCUAGUUAGAGAGAAUUAGCUAUAAAGUAAAGAUACAUUCAAUUAUUUUGAUUAGGCUAGUGCCCAUCUGUGCUAUCAUGCAGCCACGUCACUUUAAUUGUCACAAUUACCUCGACAAGUACAUUCAUUUUGUUGGCAAAAACUACAGUAUAUUUUCGCCUCCAGUACCCCGUCCCGGGUUCAGUCUCUUAUCACAUAUCGGCUUUGGUGAGAUUUGAUCGUUAAAGCAAGGAGGAUGGACUUCACCGAGUGUUACGGCGAUACGGUGUCCAGCCUCGCAGUGGCGGCUCGCGACAGGAAUGUCAGGCUUCUGCGCUCGCUGAUCCGGCGAGGCUGCGACGUGGACAGCAGGGACAACCGCGGUUGGAACGCCCUCCACGAGGCUGCCGCCGCCGGCCACGCGGUGUGCGCGCGCGAUCUGCUGAAGGCUGCAGCAGGUUCCUCUCAGGGUUGCCGUGCCUACGUGCUCUCUCUGACCCAUGAGGGUGAGUCUGCCUUGUACCUGGCCGCCCGGCGUGGACACCUGGUCGUGGUGAAGCUCCUCCUUAAAGCACACGCUGAUGUCAACCAGCAAACCAAUGACCUGUCCAGUCCUCUGUAUGCAGCCGUAGAUGGUGGGUACACAGAACUUGUGGAGUUGUUUGUCCGUAAAGGGGCGGAGGUCAACGGAACACACACCGCCUCCAGUUGGACCUGCCUUCAUCAGGCCGCCUACAAAGGCCACGGUGACAUUGUGCGUAUCCUGGUGGGCGUGUGUCGUCUGGAGGUGUACGACGACCACCGGAUCACACCGCUGUUUGUGGCCGCGCAGUACGGACGUCGGCACUGUCUCCAGGUCCUUGCUGACGCGGGUGCGUGCGUGUGUGUGUGCGCGUGCAUUCUGAAAGUGUUUUGUGAGUUCACUCUAAGGCCGUGGUGCUCAGAAGAUGUGUUUGUCCCGUCGGUUGUAGGUGCCAGUGUGAACGCCCAGGCUGCUGACCUGGCCACGCCGCUGCUGAUUGCCGCACAGGAGGGCCACCGGGGCUGUGUGGAGCUUCUGCUGGACCACGGCGCCGACCCGAACCUGUCCUGUUCUGACAGCUGGCCACAGCUUCCCGUCCACGCGGCAGCUGAGUUCGGCCACGAGGCCAUCCUUGCCCGGCUGGCAGCGCUGACGGACCGGUCAUGUGACCGAGGCGAGGGGCGGGUCAGCCCGCUGUACUCGGCGGCGAAGAACGACCAUGGCUGCUGCGUGGCCCUGCUGCUGAGUGCCGGCUUCAGCCCGGACGGCCAGGACUGCAGCUCGUACUUCGGCUCGGCCUGCACAUCGCCGCUCUGCUGCACCCUCGCCACCGGAAACGGCGACCCCACCUGGACCUUCAGCGACUCGGCACGCCUGUUGAUAGCCGCCGGGGCAACUUUGACCGGGGAGGCAUGGGCGUGGAUUUUGGCGGCAUGCGAUUCGGACGUGUUGCAGUACGUCCUCCGACACAGGAGUUUCCCCGGACCAGAGCGGCCGAGUGGAGUCAUGUCACACCACCUCAGCCCAGAGCAGUGGAGCAGGAGACUCAGUCCAGAAGAGUUGAGUGGCCUGAUGUGUAAGGUGUUCGAUAUGGUGUGCCACGCCUCCUACUGGCUGCCCUCGUUACUGGGGGCAGGACUGGAGCCCUCCCUGCUGCUGGCGGAACCCAACGUGCUGGAGGAUAUGGACAGCGAGGGGGUGAAUUACUUCCUUGAAUUUGUCAAUUGGUCGACUCUGUCCCCUCCUCUCAAGGACAUUCUGGAUCGGCAGAAGGAGUUGAUCACAUGGGGACCACUCAUAAACCUUGAGGGUGUGCCCUCUCUCACUCACCUCUGCAGGCUGCGGGUCAGGGAGCAGUUGGGUUCUGUGGUUCUGAUGCAGACGGAUGUGGUCCGGCAGCUUGAUGUUCCCAGAGAACUGCAGAUGUACCUCCAAUUCAAGAACAUCCCGCCACCGACCUGUGUAACCAUGGCUACCUGCACACACACAUCCCGACGAGGACACGGACGUCCAGACGCGCUGUAGAGGGUCCCAUCAUAGAUGCUUCAUUUCCUGAAACAGGCACCAGACUUUGGUGUCAGUUUUCUCUCAGACUCUAAACAGACAACAAGGUGUCAAGCUCCUUUCUAACACUGGAAGGAAACAAAGAAAUUAACUAACUUGUUAUUGCCACAAUACACUGCUUCAUUUUUAUACCUAAUUUAAUUUAAUGUGCCUUCAACUGAAUCCCAAAAUAUGUGUGUGUUCACACUUUAUUAGGUCAUUCUGGCAUUUGAAUUGAAAAAAGAAAAGACAUCCUUGUAUAAUGUGUUGACAUUACAUUUUGGGUAAGUUUCACAAUAAUUUAAAUAAACCAAGAGAGCAACCAAG